ACAACCACUUUACCCUUUGAUGUCCGCUUGGUAAACGGUGAUAUAGAAAAUUCUGGUCGAGUGGAGGUCUUCCAUGCCGGAAUUUGGGGUACCGUGUGUGAUGAUGGUGGCUGGGGACAAAAUGAUGUGCUAGUUGUGUGCAGAAUGAUCGGAUAUAGUGCUGGUCAUCAUAUAUAUCGCACCACCCGUUAUGGCCGUCUUACAGAUCCUGUAUGGAUGUCAGGUGUAGACUGUAACGGUACGGAGGACAGUCUAGCUGAUUGUUCCUUUGACGGAUGGGGUCAAGCUGGUUCUUGCGGUUACUAUCCCGCUUGUGUUUUCUGUUAUGACGUCACAGAAACAGACUUUGACAUCCGCCUGAGUGGAGGUCCGGAUCCCAAUGUGGGCCGUGUCGAAGUGUACCACAGUGGUUACUGGGGAAGUGUUUGCUACUACGACUGGGACGACAGAGAUGCUAAUGUAACGUGCAGGAUGUUAGGAUACAGUGCUGGUCAUUAUAUAUAUCCCACCACCCGUUAUGGCAGUAUAUCAUAUCCUGUAUGGAUGUCAGGUGUAGACUGUAACGGUACGGAGGACAGUCUAGCGGAUUGCUCCUUUGACGGAUGGGGUCUACAUAGUUAUUGUGAUAGUUACCCCGCUAAUGUUUUCUGUUAUAAUCUCACAGAAGCUGACUUUGAGAUCCGCCUGAGUGGAGGUUCAGAACCCAACGUGGGCCGUGUAGAAGUGUACUACAGUGGUUACUGGGGAAGUGUUUGUGGCCUAUACCACUGGGACGACCGGUACGCUAAUGUAACGUGCAGGAUGUUAGGAUACAGUGCUGGUCAUCAAAUAUAUCGCACCACCCGUUAUGGUAAACUUACAGAUCCUGUAUGGAUGUCUGGUGUACAAUGUAGCGGUACGGAGGACAGUCUAGCUGAUUGUUCCUUUAACGGAUGGGGUCAAGUUGGUUAUUGGAGUAAUUUCGCCGCUAGUGUUUUCUGUUAUAAUGUGACUGAAACAGACUUUGACAUCCGCCUGAGUGGAGGUCCAGAUUCCAAUGUGGGUCGUGUAGAAGUGUACUACAGUGGUUAUUGGGGAAGUGUUUGUGGCUACUACGACUGGGACGACAGGGACGCUAAUGUAACGUGCAGGAUGUUAGGAUACAGUGCUGGUCAUCAAAUAUAUCGACCCACCCGUUAUGGCAAUCUUACAGAUCCUGUAUGGAUGUCAGGUGUAGACUGUAAAGGUACAGAGGACAGUCUAGCUGAUUGUUCCUUUAACGGAUGGGGUCAAGUUGGUUAUUGCACUGAUAUAGCCGCUAGUGUUUUCUGUUAUAAUGUCACAGAAACAGAUUUUGAGAUUCGCCUGAGUGGAGGUCCAGAACCCAAUGUGGGUCGUGUCGAAGUGUACCACAGUGGUUACUGGGGAAGUGUUUGUGACAUAUACGACUGGGACAACAGAGAUGCUAAUGUAACGUGCAGGAUGUUGGGAUACAGUGCUGGUCAACAAAUAGAUCGCACCACCCGUUUUUACAAUCUUACUGAUCCUGUAUGGAUGUCAGGUGUAAACUGUAAAGGUUCGGAGGACAGUCUAGCUGAUUGUUCCUUUAACGGAUGGGGUCGAGUUGGUUAUUGCAGUAAUUUCGCCGCUAGUGUUUUCUGUUAUAACGUCACAGAAACAGAUUUUGAGAUUCGUCUGAGUGGAGGUCCAGAACCCAAUGUCGGCCGUGUAGAAGUGUUCUACAGUGGUUACUGGGGAACUGUUUGUGGCCUAUACGACUGGGACGACAGGGAUGGUAAUGUAACGUGCAGGAUGUUGGGAUACAGUGCUGGCAAUAUUAUAUUUCGCACCACCCGUUAUGGCAAUCUUACAGAUCCUGUAUGGAUGGCGGGUGUAGACUGUAAAGGUACGGAGGACAGUCUAGCUGAUUGCUCCUUUGACGGAUGGGGUCAAGUUGGUUAUUGCAGUAAUAUCGCCGCUAGUGUUUUCUGUUAUAACGUCACAGCAGCAGAUAUUGAAAUUCGCCUGAGUGGAGGUCCAGAACCUAAUUUGGGCCGUGUAGAAGUGUACUACAGUGGUUACUGGGGAAGUGUUUGUGGUUACUACGACUGGGACGACAGAGAUGCUACUGUAACGUGCAGGAUGUUAGGAUACAGUGCUGGUCAUCAAAUAUAUCGGACCACCCGUUAUGGUAGUCUAACUGAUCUAAUAUGGAUGACAGGUGUAGACUGUAACGGUACGGAGGACAGUCUAGCUGAUUGUUCCCUUGACGGAUGGGGUCGAGUUGGUUAUUGCAGUAAUUACCCCGCUUGUGUUUUCUGUUAUAACGUCACAGCAGCAGAUAUUGAAAUUCGCCUGAGUGGAGGUCCAGAACCUAAUUUGGGCCGUGUAGAAGUGUACUACAGUGGUUACUGGGGAAGUGUUUGUGGUUACUACGACUGGGACGACAGAGAUGCUAAUGUAACGUGCAGGAUGUUAGGAUACAGUGCUGGUCAUCAAAUAUAUCGGACCACCCGUUAUGGCCGUCUUACAGAUCCUGUAUGGAUGGCAGGUGUAGACUGUAACGGUACGGAGGACAGUCUAGCUGAUUGUUCCUUUGACGGAUGGGGUCGAGUUGGUUAUUGCAGUAGUUACCCCGCUAGUGUUUUCUGUCAUAACGUGACAGAAACAGACUUUGACAUCCGCCUGAGUGGUGGUCCGGAUCCCAAUGUGGGCCGUGUAGAAGUAUACUACAGUGGUUACUGGGGAAGUGUUUGUGACUCCUACGACUGGGAUUACAAAGACGCUUCGGUUACGUGCAGGAUGUUGGGAUACAGUGCUGGCCAUCAAAUAUAUCGCACCACUCGUUAUGGCAGUCUUACUGAUCUUAUAUGGAUGGCAGGUGUAGACUGUAACGGUACGGAGGACAGCCUAGCUGAUUGUUCCUUUGACGGAUGGGGUCGAAUUGGUUAUUGCAGUAGUUACCCCGCUUGUGUUUUCUGUUACAACAUCACAGCACCAGAUAUUGAAAUUCGCCUGAGUGGAGGUCCAGAACCUAAUUUGGGCCGUGUAGAAGUGUACUACAGUGGUUACUGGGGAAGUGUUUGUGGUUACUACGACUGGGACGGCAGAGAUGCUAAUGUAACGUGCAGGAUGUUAGGAUACAGUGCUGGUCAUCAAAUAUAUCGGACCACCCGUUAUGGCAGUCUAACUGAUCUAAUAUGGAUGGCAGGUGUAGACUGUAACGGUACGGAGGACAGUCUAGCUGAUUGUUCCUUUGACGGAUGGGGUCGAGUUGGUUAUUGCAGUAGUUACCCCGCUUGUGUUGUCUGUCAUAACGUGACAGAAACAGACUUUGACAUCCGCUUGAGUGGUGGUCCGGAUCCCAAUGUGGGCCGUGUAGAAGUAUACUACAGUGGUUACUGGGGAAGUGUUUGUGACUCCUACGACUGGGAUUACAAAGACGCUUCGGUUACGUGCAGGAUGUUAGGAUACAGUGCUGGCCAUCAAAUAUAUCGCACCACUCGUUAUGGCAGUCUUACUGAUCUUAUAUGGAUGGCAGGUGUAGACUGUAACGGUACGGAAGACAGUCUAGCUGAUUGUUCCUUUGACGGAUGGGGUCGAAGUGAUUAUUGUUAUAGCUAUCCCGCUAGUGUUUUCUGUUACAACAUGACAGCAGGAACAGAUAUUGACAUCCGCCUGAGUGGAGGUCCGGAUUCCAAUGUGGGCCGUGUAGAAGUAUACUACAGUGGUUACUGGGGAAGUGUUUGUGAACCCUACGACUGGGAUUACAAAGACGCUUCGGUUACGUGCAGGAUGUUAGGAUACAGUGCUGGUCAUCAAAUAUAUCGAACCACCCGUUAUGGCAGUCUAACAGAUCUAAUAUGGAUGGCAGGUGUAGACUGUAACGGUACGGAGGACAGUCUAGCUGAUUGUUCCUUUGACGGAUGGGGUCAAGUUGGUUAUUGCUAUAGUUACCCCGCUAGUGUUUUCUGUUAUAACGUGACGGAAACAGACUUUGACAUCCGCCUGAGUGGUGGUCCGGAUCCCAAUGUGGGCCGUGUAGAAGUAUACUACAGUGGUUACUGGGGAAGUGUUUGUGACUCCUACGACUGGGAUUACAAAGACGCUUCGGUUACGUGCAGGAUGUUGGGAUACAGUGCUGGCCAUCAAAUAUAUCGCACCACUCGUUAUGGCAGUCUUACUGAUCUUAUAUGGAUGGCAGGUGUAGACUGUAACGGUACGGAGGACAGCCUAGCUGAUUGUUCCUUUGACGGAUGGGGUCGAAUUGGUUAUUGCAGUAGUUACCCCGCUUGUGUUUUCUGUUACAACAUCACAGCACCAGAUAUUGAAAUUCGCCUGAGUGGAGGUCCAGAACCUAAUUUGGGCCGUGUAGAAGUGUACUACAGUGGUUACUGGGGAAGUGUUUGUGGUUACUACGACUGGGACGGCAGAGAUGCUAAUGUAACGUGCAGGAUGUUAGGAUACAGUGCUGGUCAUCAAAUAUAUCGGACCACCCGUUAUGGCAGUCUAACUGAUCUAAUAUGGAUGGCAGGUGUAGACUGUAACGGUACGGAGGACAGUCUAGCUGAUUGUUCCUUUGACGGAUGGGGUCGAGUUGGUUAUUGCAGUAGUUACCCCGCUUGUGUUGUCUGUCAUAACGUGACAGAAACAGACUUUGACAUCCGCUUGAGUGGUGGUCCGGAUCCCAAUGUGGGCCGUGUAGAAGUAUACUACAGUGGUUACUGGGGAAGUGUUUGUGACUCCUACGACUGGGAUUACAAAGACGCUUCGGUUACGUGCAGGAUGUUAGGAUACAGUGCUGGCCAUCAAAUAUAUCGCACCACUCGUUAUGGCAGUCUUACUGAUCUUAUAUGGAUGGCAGGUGUAGACUGUAACGGUACGGAAGACAGUCUAGCUGAUUGUUCCUUUGACGGAUGGGGUCGAAGUGAUUAUUGUUAUAGCUAUCCCGCUAGUGUUUUCUGUUACAACAUGACAGGAACAGAUAUUGACAUCCGCCUGAGUGGAGGUCCGGAUUCCAAUGUGGGCCGUGUAGAGGUGUACUACAGUGGUUACUGGGGGAGUGUUUGUGGCUACUACGACUGGGACUACAGGGACGCUAAUGUAACGUGCAGGAUGUUAGGCUUCAGUGCUGGUCAUCAAAUAUAUCGGACCACCCGUUAUGGCCGUCUUACAGAUCCUGUAUGGAUGGCAGGUGUAGACUGUAACGGUACGGAGGACAGUCUAGCUGAUUGUUCCUUUGACGGAUGGGGUCGAGUUAGUUAUUGCAGUAGUUACCCCGCUAGUGUUUUCUGUCAUAACGUGACAGAAACAGACUUUGACAUCCGCCUGAGUGGUGGUCCGGAUCCCAAUGUGGGCCGUGUAGAAGUAUACUACAGUGGUUACUGGGGAAGUGUUUGUGGCUACAACGACUGGGAUUACAAAGACGCUUCGGUUACGUGCAGGAUGUUGGGAUACAGUGCUGGCCAUCAAAUAUAUCGCACCACUCGUUAUGGCAGUCUUACUGAUCUUAUAUGGAUGGCAGGUGUAGACUGUAACGGUACGGAGGACAGUCUAGCUGAUUGUUCCUUUGACGGAUGGGGUCGAGUUGUUUAUUGCAGGAGUUAUCCCGCUUGUGUUUUCUGUUAUAACGCCACAGUUGACUCUACAAUAGACAUUCGUCUGAUAGAUGGACCAAACAAUUAUACCGGUCGAGUUGAGGUGUACUACGGUGGAUAUUGGGGAGGUGUUUGUUCUCACCGCUUUUCUUUUGGUGAUAAAGACGCAGCUGUCGCAUGUAGGAUGCUUCAAUAUAGUGAUGGUCGGGCAUUAUCGGCAGUGUACGGUCUUCCUUAUGAACCUAUAUGGAUGGACAAUGUACAAUGUGAUGGUACAGAGUCCAGUCUGGCUAAUUGUCCUUUUGACGGUUGGGGAAAUGUUGGCUACUGCUAUUAUCAAGCUUACGUCACGUGCAACAACGUAUCAGGUAACUUAAAUUUUCUUUAUGAUAUUGUUCGCGUAUUGAUUUUCCAAAAAGACUAAUUUAUACAAAUGUUUUAUAUUUUCAUUAUUUAACAAUAUAAAAGUUCAAGGAAUACAUAUUAAUCUUUGCUUAUUUUUUUAAAUAUGAUUUCAUUAAACAUUUGCUUUUUGUAACCGCCUUAAUAUUCAAAUGAGAUCAUAUUUAGAUGAU